AUGAAGUUUCACUCAAUCCUUCUUUCACUUUCAAUUUUUCUCACGGCAUGUGCUGGCACAUUGGUGAAACGUGAUUUCUCGACGACAAUCUUUACUCCGCCUCCCGAAUAUGAAACCCCACCAGUUCUUUAUGCCCGUUCACUUUUGCUAACUGUGAACGACGCAAAAGGCACAAUGCUGGCAACCUGGGAAAAUUAUUCAGGUAAAAAUUAUUCGAAUGGCGUAACAUGGUUUCCAAUCUUUCGAUCGCUUGAUCAUGGUAAAACUUGGUCAUGGUUCAGUAAUGUGACAGAUCAAGUAAACGGAUGGGGUUUACGUUAUCAACCGUUCCUCUAUGAGCUCAAGGAAGAUUUCGGUUGUUAUAAAGCGGGCGCAAUCCUUUUAGCGGGCAACUCUAUCCCUAUCGACCUUUCGAAAACAAAGAUUGAUUUGUACAUUUCUACCGACAAAGGUUUUACCUGGAAAUUUUUAUCUUCAGUUGCAAGCGGUGGCCGAGCUGAUGAUCCUGAAAAUGGUAAAACACCAGUUUGGGAACCAUUCUUGUUGGUUUACAAGAAACGAUUGCUUUGCUAUUACUCUGAUCAACGUGAUCCAAAACACGGUCAAAAGCUUGUUCAUCAAUCUACUUCUGAUCUUUUGAAUUGGUCAAACGUUGUGACUGAUAUGGCCGAUCCGGGAUAUGAUGCAAGACCUGGAAUGGUCACGAUCGCCAAGAUGGGAAAUGGAAAGUACAUUUAUACUUUUGAAUAUUGCGGUGUGAACAACUGCAAUGUGUACUACAAAAUUUCUAAAGAUCCAAGGAAAUUUGGACAUAAACCUCCUAUUCAAUUGAUCACGCAAGAUGGCGUGCAACCAUUUUCUUCGCCUUACGUAGUCUGGACGCCUGUUGGUGCUCAAAAACGCUCAUGUGGCGUAAAGACUAAGAACGGUACAGUCGUUGUCAACUCGUACAGUAAUGGCGAAUUAUACCUCAAUCAUCAAAAUGGCGAUCCACAUGCAUGGACAAGGCUUUCAACUUCAUCCCCCGCACAAUAUUCACGUUCGCUUGCUGUAGGCUUCAAUCCUAAGGAUAUUGAAAUUGUUGGAGGUGGAUUAUUGAAAACCAAAAACAAUACCGUGACUAUUUAUUCAAGAGAUGUGAAUGGCUUCCUCUUGACAGCAUGCGCUUCUACUACUCUGUUCAACUUGACAAAGCGUGAUUUUUCCACAACAAUCUUUACACCACCUUCAAGUUAUGAAACCCCACCAGUUCUUUAUGCUCGUUCACUUUUGCUUACGGUAAAUGAUGCAGCAGGUACAUUGUUAGCAACAUGGGAGAACUACUCGGGUGGAGUUACUUGGUUCCCAAUCUAUCGAUCAAUCGAUCAUGGUAAGACCUGGUCAAGCUUUAGUAAAGUGACAGAUCAAGUGAAUGGCUGGGGCUUACGUUAUCAGCCUUUCCUCCUUGAAUUAAAACAAGAUUUUGGUGGUUACAAAGCAGGCGCAAUCCUUCUGGCUGGUAACUCCAUUCCUGCCGACCUCUCAAAGACGAAGAUUGAUUUAUACAUCUCCACCGAUAAGGGUUCUACGUGGAAGUUUUUAUCUUCAGUCGCACAAGGUGGAGAGGCAACUGCAACAAACGGAAAAACACCAGUCUGGGAACCAUUCUUGCUGUUCUAUGGCAAUCAACUACACUGCUUUUACUCUGAUCAACGGGAUGCUAAACAUGGACAAAAGCUUGUUCAUCAAUCUUCGUCCAACUUGAUGACUUGGUCAAGCGUUGUGGAUGAUGUUGUCGAUUCAGACUAUAGUGCAAGACCCGGAAUGGCUACAAUUGCUCAAAUGGGAAAUGGAAAUUACAUCCUUUCAUUCGAAUACUGUGGUAAAAAUAAUUGUAAUGUCUAUUACAAGAUAUCCAAUGAUCCCACAAAUUGGAAUAGUGUAGGUGCCACUCAAUUGAUCGCUCAAGAUGGCACGGCACCCUCUUCUUCUCCUUACACGAUUUGGACUCCUGUAGGUGCACAGAAGGGCUCGUCCGGCGUAAAGACUGCAGAUGGGACAGUCGUUGUAAAUGCUUAUAGCGAUAGCUCUUUGUUCGUUAACAAGCAAAAUGGCGAUUCAAAAGCGUGGACGAAGAUCUCAACAUCCUCUCCCGCCCAAUAUUCACGUUCCCUUGCUGUAGGCUUCAACUCGAAGGAUAUUGUCAUCGUUGGAGCUGGAAGAUUGAAAGAUAAAGGUAACUCCGUGACUCUUUAUGCUCGAGAUGUGAACGGUUGUGAUACCUGUUCCUAGUCUCCACAGGCCCAUCUUUGAGCAGGUUGAGUGGAUCUUUUUUGCUCAGG